CACCCUACAAAGAUCAACCAAAGGUCUGAUGCCUCAUUUCUCACAAAGUUUAUUAGACACACAGGAACUGAAUGGGCCAUGGACUCUUGGCUUGGGAUAAUAAUAUUUUCAGUUUUUUUCAUCUGCAGUUGGGCAUAUACAAAGGAAAAUGUGCCCGAUAUCUAUAAUGAAGCUUUCAUCAAAAAGUAUAUUGAUGCCCAUAACAAGUUUCGGUCAGAAGUGAACCCCGAAGCCAGUAACAUGAGACGGAUGAGCUGGGAUCCACACUUAGCAAAGCUUGCUAAAUCGUGGGCAGAAACAUGCCCAUCUGGCCAUAAUCCCCGGAGGAUUCACCCUUCCUUCAGUGCAGUGGGAGAGAAUAUCUGGUUUGGACCUAUAUUUAUAUUUUUUGAAGAUGCCGCUGUCAAGUUGUGGUAUGAUGAGUUCAGAAACUUUAACUUCGAGACUCAAGAAUGUGCUCAAAAGAAAAUGUGUCUCCACUAUACCCAGGUUGUUUGGGCACAUACUUUCAAGGUUGGUUGUGCUCUUCACUAUUGCACCAAAAUUAAAGGUUAUCCCAGUGACCACGGAGCACUUUUUAUAUGCAACUAUGCACCAGCAGGAAAUUAUUUUCCAUUGAAACCCUAUAUGAAGGGAAAAUCCUGUGCUGCCUGCCCAAGUGGGGAUACAUGUGAGGACCGGUUGUGUGCAAAUCCAAAACGUGAUACAGUUCUAGCUAUACCUUCCAAGCCUACUUCGAAGCCUAUUUCCAAUCUUAUUUCCAAUCCUAAUUUCAAUCAUAAGGAGUCUACAGUCAAACAUGAAGAAAACAUUUCUGUUGUUCUCAUCCUGCUGCCAAUUUUUACUAUACUCUCCAUCAUCUUGGCCAUUGUGAUAAAGUGUUAUUACCCAAGGAAUCCAGUGUAAGAAAAUAAUGGGCUUUUGCCAACGCCCAAAGGCCCCAGAUUGAUUUGGACUGAUUGGAUUGACUGAGGGUGAUUGACUUUGCUGAUUAACCCACUUAAAGUUAAUUCAAUUGAAGCCACACCUGC